AUGCACAGCAAUGGACGAGCCCAAGACGAGCCCGAGGACGACGUGUUUGCUGAAGGCUCGAAAUUCGUGUCGCUGAACAAUGUGUCGAUCACGGGUGGUACUAAGCGCCAGACCCGUGCGAGGAAACCUAAAGAAGUGCGGAAGGGGAAGCGUUCUACUUUCGUCCGCACGGGCAAGAAAGGCCGCGCUGAUGCACUUGGUGAUGGCGGUUGUGGAGCAGACACAUACACUCAAGAGAAUGGUCAACAUGCACAUAACGCCUCCUUUCCAGCUGCAGCCGCCACUAUCACUCCCUCCUCCGCCUAUGUCAACGCAGCGGCGGCGACUCAUCAGCUCGCCGCCACUCAGUCAGUCCCUGGCCUGCCCUCAGCCUCUGCCUCCCUUUCAGCUGCAGCCGCCACUAUCACUCCCUCCUCCGCCUAUGUCAGCGCAGCGGCGGCGACUCAUCAGCUCGCCGCCACUCAGUCAGUCCCUGGCCUGCCCUCCGCCUCUGCCUCCCUUUCAGCCGCAGCCGCCACUAUCUCUCCCUCCUCUGCCUAUGUCAUCGCGGCGACUCAUCAGCUCGCCGCCUCUCACACAAUCCCUGGCCUGCCCUCCGCCUCUGCCUCCCCUUCAGCUGCACCCGCCACUAUCUCUCCCUCCUCCGCCUUUUGGACCUCUGACAUCACUCCCUCCUCCGCCUAUGUCAACACAGCGGCGACUCAUCAGCUCGCUGCCACUCAGUCAGUCCCUGGCCUGCCCUCAGCCUCUGCCUCCCUUUCAGCUGCAGCCGCCACUAUCACUCCCUCCUCCGCCUAUGUCAACGCAGCGGCGGCGACUCAUCAGCUCGCCGCCACUCAGUCAGUCCCUGGCCUGCCCUCCGCCUCUGCCUCCCUUUCAGCCGCAGCCGCCACUAUCUCUCCCUCCUCCGCCUAUGUCAACGCAGCGGCGGGGACUCAUCAGCUUGCUACCCGGAUCUCUCCCUCCGCUGCCUAUGUGCACGUCUCGGUUCCUGGCCAGUCCAGGCCCGCCGUUGCACCUGGAUCGACCUCCCUGCCACCUGCUCCCAGUGCACUCUCACCCUCGCCCUCCUAUAUCAAUCCUGGGUUGCACCCAACCAGCUCAGGUCAGCCUGGCUCCGGCCUCAUCCCACAAGCCUCUGCACCCCCUGCUGCCGCUGUGGCGCCCCCUACUGCACAAUUGCAGCCGUCUGGACUCCCAUGGGCACUCCGUGUGCGCAAACAGAAGUCCGCUCUCCCAGACCCUGGACCAUCACAUGUGGAGGCCGGGUCGGAUGAAGGCUCCGACGAUGAUGACUCCUUCGAGAAUGAAGUUGAGCAUGAUGGUGAACAGCGGCCUGCUACAACCAGGGUUUCGCGAGCCGCUUUUGAGGCCGCGCAAGCGCAAAUCCGACAACAGGCGCGACGCAUAGCUGAGUUGGAGAAUCAGCAACCUCAGCAAAAAGGCCCUCAUGCUGGCAGUCAUGCCAUGGAUCAGCGCCAGGCCAACAUGCCCAGCCCUUCCCGACAGUUGCCGGUUGCACCCCAGCUUGCUCCUUCAACCACUCGACCUUGCACCCAGCCAAAUGCAACACCGACCCUGAUUUUCUCACCAGUGGUGUGGCCACGAACGCAGGCCGCUUUUAGCCGUGCUGUGGCAAAGGCACACAUCAGACGACAGGCCAUCGACUGCUCUGCAAUGUCGCCACGGCAACACGGGUGGUACAAUAACGUCAUCACGGCGUUAGAUGCUUUCCCGGAUGUGAACGGGGACCUUAAGGACCACGUGGAUGAGGCUCUUGAUAUCAUGUUUUUUGACACCCCAGUCACUGAUUUCACAAUGUGGCCUAGUACCGAACGCCUAGAGGCGGCCCUGCGCAAGGCCCUAGGCCUCAAUGAGCCGGAAGAGCAUUUUAUAGUGCGUAUGGUUCUGAAAGCUGACAAGUACAGGAACGGCUACAUUCGUGACAUGAUUCAAGCGUAUCGCAACGACGCAUUGACGGAUGGGCGCAAUUGGGUGUACGACGACUUCGACUUGUACGUGCGACGGCCAAGGCUCGGUGGGAAGAAAGUAGGCACCCUCACGACAGUGCUGUUCUUGGACCACAGCAAGCAAUGCCAGCCAAGGCAGAGCCCAACAGUCCCCAGUGUACCCUCUUUCCCUCCCUGUUUUCCCCUCCCCACCCCAGCAGCAAGCAAGGCCAGCCAAGGCAGAGCCCAACAGUCCCCAGUGUACCCUCUUUCCCUCCCUGUUUUCCCCUCCCCACCCCAGCAGCAAGCAAGGCCAGCCAAGGCAGAGCCCAACAGUCCCCAGUGUACCCUCUUUCCCUCCCUGUUUUCCCCUCCCCACCCCAGCAGCAAGCAAGGCCAGCCAAGGCAGAGCCCAACAGUCCCCAGUGUACCAUCUUUCCCUCCCUGUUUUCCCCUCCCCACCCUAGCGGCAAGCAAGGCCAGCCAAGGCAGAGCCCAACAGUCCCCAGUGUACCCUCUUUCCCUCCCUGUUUUCCCCUCCCCACCCCAGCAGCAAGCAAAGCCAGCCAAGGCAGAGCCCAACAGUCCCCAGUGUACCAUCUUUCCCUCCCUGUUUUCCCCUCCCCACCCCAGCAGCAAGCAAGGCCAGCCAAGACAGAGCCCAACAGUCCCCAGUGUACCCUCUUUCCCUCCCUGUUUUCCCCUCCCCACCCCAGCAGCAAGCAAAGCCAGCCAAGGCAGAGCCCAACAGUCCCCAGUGUACCCUAUUUCCCUCCCUGCUUUCCCCUCCCCACCCCAGCAGCAAGAAAGGCCAGCCAAGGCAGAGCCCAACAGUCCCCAGUGUACCCUCUUUCCCUCCCUGUUUUCCCCUCCCCACCCCAGCAGCAAGCAAGGCCAGCCAAGGCAGAGCCCAACAGUCCCCAUUGUACCCUCUUUCCCUCCCUGUUUUCCCCUCCCCACCCCAGCAGCAAGCAAGGCCAGCCAAGGCAGAGCCCAACAGUCCCCAGUGUACCCUCUUUCACUCCCUGUUUUCCCCUCCCCACCCCAGCAGCAAGCAAAGCCAGCCAAGGCAGGGCCCAACAGUCACCAGUGUACCCUCUUUCCCUCCCUGUUUUCCCCUCCCCACCCCAGCAGCAAGCAAGGCCAGCCAAGGCAGAGCCCAACAGUCCCCAUUGUACCCUCUUUCCCUCCCUGUUUUCCCCUCCCCACCCCAGCAGCAAGCAAGGCCAGCCAAGGCAGAGCCCAACAGUCCCCAGUGUACCCUAUUUCACUCCCUUUUUUUCCCUCCCCACCCCAGCAGCAAGCAAAGUCAGCCAAGGCAGAGCCCAACAGUCCCCAGUGUACCCUCUUUCCCUCCCUGUUUUCCCCUCCCCACCCCAACAGCAAGCAAGGCCAGCCAAGGGAGAGCCCAACAGUCCCCAUUGUACCCUCUUUCCCUCCCUGUUUUCCCCUCCCCACCCCAGCAGCAAGCAAGGCCAGCCAAGGCAGAGCCCAACAGUCCCCAGUGUACCCUCUUUCACUCCCUGUUUUCCCCUCCCCACCCCAGCAGCAAGCAACGCCAGCCAAUGCAGAGCCCAACAGUCCCCAGUGUACCCUCUUUCCCUCCGUGUUUUCCCCUCCCCACCCCAGCAGCAAGCAAGGCCAGCCAAGGCAGAGCCCAACAGUCCCCUGUGUACCCUCUUUCCCUCCCUGUUUUCCCCUCCCCACCCCAGCAGCAAGCAAAGCCAGCCAAUGCAGAGCCCAACAGUCCCCAGUGUACCCUCUUUCCCUCCCUGUUUUCCCCUCCCCACCCCAGCAGCAAGCAAGGCCAGCCAAGGCAGAGCCCAACAGUCCCCAGUGUACCCUCUUUCCCUCCCUGUUUUCUCCUCCCCACCCCAGCAGCAAGCAAGGCCAGCCAAGGCAGAGCCCAACAGUCCCCAUUGUACCCUCUUUCCCUCCCUGUUUUCCCCUCCCCACCCCAGCAGCAAGCAAGGCCAGCCAAGGCAGAGCCCAACAGUCCCCAGUGUACCCUCUUUCCCUCCCUGUUUUCCCCUCCCCACCCCAGCAGCAAGCAAAGCCAGCAAAAUGCAGAGCCCAACAGUCCCCAGUGUACCCUCUUUCCCUCCCUGCUUUCCCCUCCCCACCCCAGCAGCAAGCAAGGCCAGCCAAGGCAGAGCCCAACAGUCCCCAGUGUACCCUCUUUCCCUCCCUGUUUUCCCCUCCCCACCCCAGCAGCAAGCAAGGCCAGCCAAGGCAGAGCCCAACAGUCCCCAGUGUACCCUCUUUCCCUCCCUGGUUUCCCCUCCCCACCCCAGCAGCAAGCAAGGCCAGCCAAGGCAGAGCCCAACAGUCCCCAGUGUACCCUCUUUCCCUCCCUGUUUUCCCCUCCCCACCCCAGCAGCAAGCAAGGCCAGCCAAGGCAGAGCCCAACAGUCCCCAGUGUACCCUCUUUCCCUCCCUCUUUUCCCCUCCCCACCCCAGCAGCAAGCAAAGCCAGCAAAAGGCAGAGCCCAACAGUCCCCAGUGUACCCUCUUUCCCUCCCUGUUUUCCCCUCCCCACCCCAGCAGCAAGCAAUGCCAGCCAAGGCAGAGCCCAACAGUCCCCAGUGUACCCUCUUUCCCUCCCUGGUUUCCCCUCCCCACCCCAGCAGCAAGCAAGGCCAGCCAAGGCAGAGCCCAACAGUCCCCAGUGUACCCUCUUUCCCUCCCUGUUUUCCCCUCCCCACCCCAGCAGCAAGCAAUGCCAGCCAAGGCAGAGCCCAACAGUCACCAGUGUACCCUCUUUCCCUCCCUGUUUUCCCCUCCCCACCCCAGCAGCAAGCAAGGCCAGCCAAGGCAGAGCCCAACAGUCCCCAGUGUACCAUCUUUCCCUCCCUGUUUUCCCCUCCCCACCCUAGCGGCAAGCAAGGCCAGCCAAGGCAGAGCCCAACAGUCCCCAGUGUACCCUCUUUCCCUCCCUGUUUUCCCCUCCCCACCCCAGCAGCAAGCAAAGCCAGCCAAGGCAGAGCCCAACAGUCCCCAGUGUACCAUCUUUCCCUCCCUGUUUUCCCCUCCCCACCCCAGCAGCAAGCAAGGCCAGCCAAGACAGAGCCCAACAGUCCCCAUUGUACCCUCUUUCCCUCCCUGUUUUCCCCUCCCCACCCCAGCAGCAAGCAAAGCCAGCCAAGGCAGAGCCCAACAGUCCCCAGUGUACCCUCUUUCCCUCCCUGCUUUCCCCUCCCCACCCCAGCAGCAAGCAAAGCCAGCAAAAGGCAGAGCCCAACAGUCCCCAGUGUACCCUCUUUCCCUCCCUGUUUUCCCCUCCCCACCCCAGCAGCAAGCAAGGCCAGCCAAGGCAGAGCCCAACAGUCCCCACAGCAAGCAAAGCCAGCCAAGGCAGAGCCCAACAGUCCCCAGUGUACCAUCUUUCCCUCCCUGUUUUCCCCUCCCCACCCCAGCAGCAAGCAAGGCCAGCCAAGACAGAGCCCAACAGUCCCCAUUGUACCCUCUUUCCCUCCCUGUUUUCCCCUCCCCACCCCAGCAGCAAGCAAAGCCAGCCAAGGCAGAGCCCAACAGUCCCCAGUGUACCCUCUUUCCCUCCCUGCUUUCCCCUCCCCACCCCAGCAGCAAGCAAUUCCAGCCAAGGCAGAGCCCAACAGUCCCCAGUGUACCCUCUUUCCCUCCCUGUUUUCCCCUGCCAACCCCAGCAGCAAGCAAGGCCAGCCAAGGCAGAGCCCAACAGUCCCCAGUGUACCCUCUUUCCCUCCCUGUUUUCCCCUCCCCACCCCAGCAGCAAGCAAUGCCAGCCAAGGCAGAGCCCAACAGUCACCAGUGUACCCUCUUUCCCUCCCUGUUUUCCCCUCCCCACCCCAGCAGCAAGCAAGGCCAGCCAAGGCAGAGCCCAACAGUCCCCAUUGUACCCUCUUUCCCUCCCUGUUUUCCCCUCCCCACCCCAGCAGCAAGCAAGGCCAGCCAAGGCAGAGCCCAACAGUCCCCAGUGUACCCUCUUUCACUCCCUGUUUUCCCCUCCCCACCCCAGCAGCAAGCAAAGCCAGCCAAGGUAGAGCCCAACAGUCACCAGUGUACCCUCUUUCCCUCCCUGUUUUCCCCUCCCCACCCCAGCAGCAAGCAAGGCCAGCCAAGGCAGAGCCCAACAGUCCCCAUUGUACCCUCUUUCCCUCCCUGUUUUCCCCUCCCCACCCCAGCAGCAAGCAAGGCCAGCCAAGGCAGAGCCCAACAGUCCCCAGUGUACCCUAUUUCACUCCCUUUUUUUCCCUCCCCACCCCAGCAGAAAGCAAAGUCAGCCAAGGCAGAGCCCAACAGUCCCCAGUGUACCCUCUUUCCCUCCCUGUUUUCCCCUCCCCACCCCAACAGCAAGCAAGGCCAGCCAAGGGAGAGCCCAACAGUCCCCAUUGUACCCUCUUUCCCUCCCUGUUUUCCCCUCCCCACCCCAGCAGCAAGCAAGGCCAGCCAAGGCAGAGCCCAACAGUCCCCAGUGUACCCUCUUUCACUCCCUGUUUUCCCCUCCCCACCCCAGCAGCAAGCAACGCCAGCCAAUGCAGAGCCCAACAGUCCCCAGUGUACCCUCUUUCCCUCCGUGUUUUCCCCUCCCCACCCCAGCAGCAAGCAAGGCCAGCCAAGGCAGAGCCCAACAGUCCCCUGUGUACCCUCUUUCCCUCCCUGUUUUCCCCUCCCCACCCCAGCAGCAAGCAAAGCCAGCCAAUGCAGAGCCCAACAGUCCCCACUGUACCCUCUUUCCCUCCCUGUUUUCCCCUCCCCACCCCAGCAGCAAGCAAGGCCAGCCAAGGCAGAGCCCAACAGUCCCCAGUGUACCCUCUUUCCCUCCCUGUUUUCUCCUCCCCACCCCAGCAGCAAGCAAGGCCAGCCAAGGCAGAGCCCAACAGUCCCCAUUGUACCCUCUUUCCCUCCCUGUUUUCCCCUCCCCACCCCAGCAGCAAGCAAGGCCAGCCAAGGCAGAGCCCAACAGUCCCCAGUGUACCCUCUUUCCCUCCCUGUUUUCCCCUCCCCACCCCAGCAGCAAGCAAAGCCAGCAAAAGGCAGAGCCCAACAGUCCCCAGUGUACCCUCUUUCCCUCCCUGUUUUCCCCUCCCCACCCCAGCAGCAAGCAAGGCCAGCCAAGGCAGAGCCCAACAGUCCCCAGUGUACCCUCUUUCCCUCCCUGUUUUCCCCUCCCCACCCCAGCAGCAAGCAAGGCCAGCCAAGGCAGAGCCCAACAGUCCCCAGUGUACCCUCUUUCCCUCCCUGGUUUCCCCUCCCCACCCCAGCAGCAAGCAAGGCCAGCCAAGGCAGAGCCCAACAUUCCCCAGUGUACCCUCUUUCCCUCCCUGUUUUCCCCUCCCCACCCCAGCAGCAAGCAAGGCCAGCCAAGGCAGAGCCCAACAGUCCCCAGUGUACCCUCUUUCCCUCCCUCUUUUCCCCUCCCCACCCCAGCAGCAAGCAAAGCCAGCAAAAGGCAGAGCCCAACAGUCCCCAGUGUACCCUCUUUCCCUCCCUGUUUUCCCCUCCCCACCCCAGCAGCAAGCAAUGCCAGCCAAGGCAGAGCCCAACAGUCCCCAGUGUACCCUCUUUCCCUCCCUGUUUUCCCCUCCCCACCCCAGCAGCAAGCAAGGCCAGCCAAGGCAGAGCCCAACAGUCCCCAGUGUACCCUCUUUCCCUCCCUGAUUUCCCCUCCCCACCCCAGCAGCAAGCAAAUCCAGCCAAGGCAGAGCCCAACAGUCCCCAGUGUACCCUCUUUCCCUCCCUGGUUUCCCCUCCCCACCCCAGCAGCAAGCAAGGCCAGCCAAGGCAGAGCCCAACAGUCCCCAGUGUACCCUCUUUCCCUCCCUGUUUUCCCCUCCCCACCCCAGCAGCAAGCAAAGUCAGCCAAGGCAGAGCCCAACAGUCCCCAGUGUACCCUCUUUCCCUCCCUGUUUUCCCCUCCCCACCCCAGCAGUAA